AUGUUCUGUUGCACGCGAGCACAGAGGAAAAAAGCAGCCGAGAAAAUAUCCGGGUCAUUGCGGAAACACGAUUCGGGACCGAUGUUUGCCAGAUUAGAAGAAUUCGAUGUACUGACUCCACUUCAAGCAACACCAGCUGUUAGUAUUGCAUCCGGAACUUCUUAUAAGAACUACGGAAGUUCCACUCCAUCCACGUCAUCAGGUUCCGAUUCUAGGAUCCAAUUGAUACCACCGAUUCUUUCGUCGUCGUCAUCAGAUUCACCGCCACCUCCUAGAAGACCAAAUCAUGGGAAAACGUUGAUAGUCCCGCUGAACGCAUCUAGAUAUCGCUCACCGAUGACAAUGAACAUAGCUGGUACUCCAGACAGUCGUCUCACAUCAUUCGAGUGUGGUACUACCAAAAGCUGUGCAACGAUACCAGAAGACGAUGAAGAUGAGAUGAACGAACUGUUGUCAAUCGAUAGGACGUCAUUAUCAGUUUAUGAGCAACCUUCUGGAAAGUUCGGAUACUCUGCUUACAAUCUUACUCUACCACAACCGACUCCAGAAUUUCAGUCUUCAUCUUCAGGCUUCUCGCCGAUGUUACCCGCUCCAACGUAUUCUCCACCGGAACUACCAUCAGAAUCUCCAGCAACCAAGCCUAAUCAUAUUGAUAUUCCGGAAAUUUUGGAUGUAGAAGACGAGGAUCUGGAUCAGGAUCCUGUAUCUGUUUAUGAGUUUUCACGAGUAUCCGAUCCAAACUCUCCGCACUCAUCAUCUAAUUCGUUCAGUGAUAGUUUUUACUUGAACAACUUUGAUGUGAUUUCUUCAGCAGCUAAUUCACAAAUCUUCGAAGCAAGUCUUUGUGCAUUCUGCUCCCCAAUCCCAUCAAUUUCUGAUGAUGUUUACUCGGAUCCAAUAUGCCCAGGAAAUAUCAAAAACUUGUGGUUAGAUGUUGUUGUAGUUGUAGAUAAAUCUCAGUUGAUGACUAACGCACAACUUUGGCAGGUGAGAAACACACUAACUCAAGUACUGGGAUCAAUUUCUAAAAUCGGACCAGUCAAAUAUCCAGCAGAUCCCCGUAGUACUUGUGUUGGAAUUGUCACUUACGAUGACAAUGCUACUACUCAAUCUCAAUUGGAUGCUUCGAAAUCUUUCAGUGAUCUUUAUAAUGUUAUUCAAAGCUCGUUGAUUUCUGUAGACAACACGAACACUUCCUACUUGAGUUUAGCCCUUUUGGCAGCUGAAAAAGCAUUGAAAGAUGGGAGAAAUCGUACGUAUCGUUUCAACUACAAGAAAGUUAUUAUCGCAUUCGCUGCUGAUUAUCAAGGGCACGGAACUGCUUUGGAUGCAAUGCCAAUCGCUAACCGUUUGAAAGACAAUGCAGUCACCAUUAUCACCGUUGCAUGCACUAGUAAUUCAGACAAGCAAACUGCUAUUCAAGGAAUCGCCAGUCCGGGAUUCGAUUUGGUUGAUGAAAUGGAUACACCGAAAUUGCCAACUGCUUUUGCCCAGAAGAGUGGAUUCAAUACCGUAGUGAUCCUUUUUAACAGUACCUCUACCCAAUAUGGAAUUUGUGUCAGAGGAUACAAAGCAACUGGAGGAAGCUAUGGAUACCAACAUGCAAUUGAUUAUUGUGCCAGUGCAGUUCCCGGGGCGUAUUUAGCAAAUGAGUUCAGUUUGAAUAAACACGACUUUAUGAUCAAGUACAUGGAGACUACUUGGGCAUGGGAAUUCUCACCUGUCGAAUAUUUUAUCGGAUUAAGUUACCAAAAAAAUCAAUGGGUUUGGGAGCAACCAUCUGGACAAGCCAGGAUCCCGUUAGAUCCAAAUGAAUUUUCAAUGUGGGCUCCAGGAUAUCCACAGAAAAAUUCAACGGAUCAAGUAAUUGCCAUUCAACAGUGGAGUGGACAUCCGAAACAAGAGUACUUCUGGGCACCUCCACAAACCAAUGACUGGUUAUUCAUCUGUCAAGUUCAAUCCAGCAGUACAGAACAUUAUACGAACUAUUUGGAAAAUUAA